AUGGGCUCUCUUGCAAAGAAGGUACUGCUUACAGGUGGCACAGGCUUCAUCGCCUCGCACAUUCUGACCGAGCUGCUGGACGCUGGGUAUCAAGUGGUGGUGACUGUUCGCACACAUGAUAAGGGCCGGCAGCUUCUCACUUCGUUGUCGAAUACCGGCGAUCAGGCUGCCUCGUACGUGGUGGUGGAGGAUAUUGCGAAAGAUGGGGCCUACGAUGAGGCUAUCCAAUCCAUUUCCGACCUAGACUUGGUCGUCCACACGGCCUCGCCCUAUCACUUUAACUACACCGAUCCUAAAUCGGACUUCCUUGACCCAGCAAUCAAAGGCACCGCCGGACUGCUGGCCUCCAUCAAGGCUUACGCACCGACUGUCAAGCGAGUGGUUGUGACUUCCUCUUCGGCUACAAUUGUCACUCCCCCCAAUCACCCAGAGGUGUACGACGAGACCAGCUACGGGUCGGUGACUUGGGAGGAGGCCAUGGUACCGGAGGUUACAUAUCGCGCGAGCAAGAUAUUCGCUGAGCGCGCUGCCUUUGAAUUCGUCGAGAAAGAGAAGCCGAACUUCGACCUUGUCACAAUCAACCCGCCGCUGGUAUUCGGACCAAAGCCUCGCCAUGUCACCGAUCUUAAAGCGCUCAACACCUCAAACCACAUUAUCCGUGAUCUGAUGCUCGGAAAAUGGAAAGACGGGGGCGCACCUAUCGCCAUUCCUUUCACUUUCGUGGAUGUCCGUGAUGUUGCGUUCGCUCACCGUAAAGCACUGGAGCUGCCCGAGGUCAGUGGACAUCGCUUCUUUACCGUGGCUGGCCACUUCUCGAACAAGCAAGUUGCGGAGGCUAUUCGUGCCACGCACCCGGAAUUGGCUCACAAGCUGCCCCCGAGCGAUAUGCCCGAUGACCUGCCCCAGCCCAUAUUUGGUUUUGAUAACUCCAAGUCGCGCAGGAUGCUGGGAAUGACUUUCCGCGAUCUGAACACUUGUGUGGGUGAUGCAGUGACCUCAAUGAUGGAGCAGGCUCACUUGUAG